AUGCUGUUAUUAGUGUCAGCAAAUGGUAUGGCACUUGUUAAGGUCACAAAUUCAUUGGAUGGAAAUUUGGACUUAACAAUUUAUUGCAACAAUCUUGAUCCUACACCUCACCUUAUUCACCCUGGUACUUCCUAUGAGUUGAAUAGUUCUGGUGGUAACUCGUUUCGAAAGCCACCAUUCUUUUGUUUCUUCCAAUGGAAAGGUGCAUUUCACAACUUUGAUAUGUGCGUGCCAAGUCAGGGUGGAGGUUGCCAACAGUGCAAUUGGUUGAUAAGUCAAGUUGGACCAUGUAGGUACCAAGUGUCAGCAAAAAAUGGUAUGGCACUUGUUAAGGUCACAAAUUCAUUGGAUGGAAAUUUGGACUUAACAAUUUAUUGCAACAAUCUUGAUCCUACACCUCACCUUAUUCACCCAGUCAGGGUGGAGGUUGCCAACAGUGCAAUUGGUUGA